UGUAAAAAUGACAUGUUAAAACAGCAGGUCUUGAUGGAGAAUAUGUAGUUUGAGUGAAGAGGAAUGUGUUCAAGGGAGCUGAGCUACAACGCGUUCGUUCGCACCGCAUCCCUGCCCUGCGAUUGGUCCACAGCGUCUGACGAAUUGGGCCAAUCAGCGAGGACUUUGCGCGCCCCAUCCAACGCGUGAGCGCCGAGGUUACACACUGUGCCUCUCCAGCCAAGCAGUGUGCUCAGUGGAUGCUGCUAUGGUGUGUGCACCAUCGACACCUCAGUGGUGACUGCGUGUGUUUAUCGAAGAGGAGAAGUAAACAAAGGGGGUGUUUACGCAUUGGAGAAUAUGAGUAAAGUGGACGCACCAUGCCGUCCCAGCGCCUCUCUCAAGUUUACCAUUGACAACAUCCUCAACCUGAAAACAAGCGGGCGCGCCAGUGACAGCUGUCACCCCGACAGAGAUCACGAUGUCUCGUCCACUGCGACGUGUAAAGGCCGCAUCCCGCAGAGCCGCUUGGAGGAGCCCGGAGCCCAGCACAGACGCAAAUCAGACGAAAGUGACUUUACGCAAGAGAAUGGCCGGGCGAGCGUUUCGGCCAUGGAUGACACUCGGUCCGCGGAGGCGCGCUUCGAAAGCGGGGACAGCAGCUGCGACGACUGUAGCUCUACCACCACCACGACCGCGGAGCCUCUCAAAGCGGACAGUCCCGCCAAGAAGAGUAAAUUGAUUACGAAAAAGAAAACGCGCACCAUUUUUUCCAAGAGACAGAUCUUCCAGUUGGAGUCUACGUUCGACAUGAAGCGUUAUCUGAGCAGCGCAGAGCGCGCCUGUCUCGCCAGCUCCCUGCAGCUGACCGAAACCCAGGUGAAAAUAUGGUUUCAGAACCGCAGGAAUAAGUUGAAACGGCAAAUCUCCAGUGAAAUCGACGGACCGGUAAGCGACUUCCCAGAGACGGUGAAGCCCGUGGUGGUGAGUCAGCUCCCGGCCUUGUACAAGGAGAGCAGCCUGCUGGGGAGAUGCCUGAUGCCCAUGCCGUUGCCCGUCGUGUACCCGGGUACGAACACGCCUUACCUCUGUUUCUCGAACACCAGCAAGUACUUCAGCCUCUAUGACGGGGACGUAUGACGCUGCCACCAAGCCUGCACGUGCAAACAGACACUUUUUUUUAGUGCCAACUGGAGCAUUUAUGGCGUUAAGCCGACAGUUCAAAAGGCCGGCUGGACGCUGUGUCUUUAACGUUUAAAGGAUGGAUGCAAGUAGUAGGAACAUAUCACAUUCAAAUGAACUGCUUUUGGUAUUAUUUAUUUAUUAGCCGGGCUUUGUGUAUAGGCCUAACACAUCACACCAGGAAAGAAAUAGCAGGCCAAGCGAACGGUAGCCUGGCCAUGCAUGGCCUACAUCAUUAGCAUCUUAUUGUUUACAUAAUAGUCCAUUAUCAUUGUUAUCAUCAUUAUUAUUAUUCUCAACAGUAGCCUAUGCCACCAAAGAAAUUAAUAUACCUUGCAUGCAUUUCCAAUAUCAUAACGAUUUUUGGAUUACAGAAAUUAUAUGUAUUUAAAUGAAUGUCAUUAACAUUUUGUUCACGCAUGUCUAUUUGUUUUUCUUAAGUAUCUUACACUUACGUUAUACUACAUUUGCCUUUAUAGGCUCAUUAUGACAUUUACAGCAACUGUAAUUAAAACCCCUUUAUUC